CUGACGGCCACUUUCAGCGAAGAAGAGCAGCAGGAAGCAUACCUUCAGCUCAGCUACUGUUGAUAGACUGGUCGUUAGCUUCGUAAAAUCACCCCCUUGUUUUGUUUUUGAUUGUUGUACGGUGCUAAAUUCACUCGAACUCGUGUGUUAAAUGUGACUUUUGUCUUUGACAACUGUGUGCGCGCCGCUGUGUCCUCAGUCUGCGCUUUAAAGAUCAGCGUCCUCGCAGCUAACGUUAGCAACAGAGCUGCUAGCGACCAAACAGGCCGACUGAGAGGAUGAAUCUGGUCCAGAAUAGAACGUUACAUCCUCACCUGCGGGACGAGGAGGUUCUGGUGGUGGAAAACGCCAUCCGGCUGGCGAUAGACUCCAUCAUAAAUGUGCUGUACGGCGUCAACAGUUCCAGGACGCACGAGUACCAGCGGAUGGUGGCCGACAGGGACAAAGAGAUCCAGCGGCUGGAGUGCAGGCUGACGGAGAUCGAGCACGAGCUGCAGGUGCUGCGGCGCCACGGAUGCACCUGCGGGCUGAGCGGAACCGAGCACCGAGUCGGCGGGUCGCAGGGCUCCGAUGACCGGCAGAAGGCAGAGCAAAGCGGCUUCGAAGCGGGCUGCACGGACCCCGAGGUGACGGCAGGGCAGCAGGAGUGUGAAAUGACGAUAUCAUUGGGUCUUUUUGCCAGACCCCCCUCACAUGUGUCCUCUCAGAGCCACGAGUCGGCUCCUCUGUCCUCCCCCAGCAGGGUGGGCUUAGACCAAACCUGCACCUCACACUCCUCAGAGGCUUCAGGCUCCACUGAGGCAGCCAGGAAUAUUCCUACAUCUCCCAGCAGCCUCGUCGUCAAAGAAGAGCCCUGUGACAUCGACACAGUCCUAAUAAAGUGGGAGAUGAGUGAGGAGAGAUUCACGGAGCAUGAGGAGAGUGCAGGUGGUCCGUGUCAGGACAACCAGAGCCUCAGUGUAAAAAAAAAAUUAGAGAACACAGAGAGAAAGAAGGUCAGAGAGAAACCUCAAGCAGAUCCUGGUGGAUUUCAAAUCCAAGAACAUCUGAGGAACAAGAAGAAGAGCGUGCCGAUGUCUGAGCUGCCGGAGGAGGCUCAGAGGCUGAAGAGGGCGGCCUGGAGGGCAGCUUCCAGGCGCUAUUACGCUCGAAAAAUAGCCCGUCAGCAGGCAAACCCCUCAGGCCUCGGCCCCUUUCCCCACGUCACAAACUCUUUGUAUUCACAGCCCAGCUCCUUCACGGAUAAGAGGCGGAGGACGCUGAUAUCGGAGCUGCCUGAGGAGUCUCAGACGCUACAGAGGGAGGCUUGGAGAGCGGCCUCCAAGAGGUACUACGCCCGGAAAAUGGCUCGCCACCAGACGGAUGCGACGCUGUACGGACACCUGCUGGAGGACAUAAACCCAUCUGGAGACGCCGAGGGUCCGGACAGAGAGGGACCCCACACUAACAGUGGAGGAAUAAUGUGCAGCUGAUAGACAGCGGAGAUGUUUUUAGACAUUUUUCUGGAUUUGUGGUGUGCACAACACUGGACUAUGUUUGUAAUCUCUUAAUUAAUGACGUUGAGGUUUGUCUCAGGUUUUCUGAUGUGGUGAAGUCAGCUGUUUGUUUUGACAUUGUGUUUACAGUUUAUUUGUGCAGUCCUGAGCACAACACUACACUUUGGUUCUCCAGCUUUCUCCUAAUUUCUGCCUGACGGCCAGUUCAUGGUUCCUGCAUGAUGUAUUCUGUUGCUCUGUUCACAAAACAAGAGGUGCAUUUCCCCUCAUGAAAGGCUGUGACUGCACUUUUUCCAGGAUGUAGUGGUUUGUUACAGACUUGGCUGUAGAGCAGCAACAAUAAAGAUUAUUUCCAUUGUCUGUUAAGCUGUUGAUAGUUUUCUGAUUAGCUGUUAAGUAGAUAAAAAGCCAGAAACUGAUAAUUAAAAAAAUGUGUGUCAGUGUUUCUCGAAUCAGAAUCCGUUCUGUUGCCAAGCAGAUUUACACAUAGGAGGAAUCUAACUUGGUGUUUUGGUGCAUUACAUUAACGCUAAGAAGCAGAGCAUUUUAUUUACAAGGAUGAAAGAUUUAAAAGAGCAAAUAUAGCAAAUCCAAGGCAUCAUAAAAGUAGUUAAGCUAUCAAAAAUAUUUACACUGUGCAAGAAUUUGAAAAAUUUUCGCCUUAGAAUGUAUAAGAUGACACAGUAUGUAGUUAAAGCCAAAGAUAACAGACUUCUUGAUUUAUCUACAUCCCAAAAAAUAUGAAGUCCACUGUCACAGGGGGAAAAAACAGAAAAUAAUCACAGUUAAGAUGCUGCAAACAGAGAAUUUUGUCAGUUCCCCGCCAAAAUUCUCAGAGAGAUAAAUGCCAAUAAAGCUGCUGAUUAAUUUUCAUAGUUGGUUGAAUAAUCACUUACUUUUUGCAUGUGUUUUGGGCUGCAGCACUGUGUCAGUCUGAGCAUUCAGUGGGUGAACAGAGCACAGGAUCUCUGGAGAACUUAGAGCUUUCCACAGUGCAGGGGCACAUCCCAAUCAAAGCACCAUUCAGUCUCCUUGUACAUCAUCUCAUUUCAAAGAGCCACUUGUUUGGAGCUCCGUUGGUUUUCCGGGAGCACGUGCAGCCUGCACAGAUUUGUCCCUGCACUUGGACCUCUGCAGAAACACUGACAUAGAAAGCAUGAAUUGGCCUUUGUUUGGCUACUGCACGGCAUGUCUGUACAAAAUACUAACUGCAGUAUUGAGGCGAUAUGAAUCUGCUCUACCAGCUGUUCUACAGUAAUUCUCAAUAUCAUCCACUGUUAACAGAGCAGCGCCCCUGGAGUCCAACAUCUGGAACUACAAUCAAAUCUCGACAAACAUCUUUGUGUUGAUGGUGGGUUAACAAUUACCUGCUGUAGUUUUACUGGCAAAACCUUCAAAAUGUAUUUCAGCCUUUUUUUGAACAUAAUAAAAACAUGUAUGGAAUACAA